UAUUUUUAAACUUAUGUACGAUCCCUUAUGGGAUUGGAUAAGAGGAUCAUUCAUUCUGACAUCUUUAAUUUUUGAUGUAGAAUUAAUUUAUUGUAUUUUUGUCGUGUACUAUUUAUCAUGUAAAAUGGUGAUAUGGGCAGAAAUUAUACAAGUAGAUGAAAAUAACCCUAAUGUACUACAAGAUGAUAUUGGUAUAACGCUGGUGGAUGUGCUAUUUAAGAUUUACGAAGAGUUAUUAGACGCACUUGCAUUAAUUAGAAAAGCGGCACAAUUUGCGAUAUUACUACAUUUCGUUAUAAUGUUCAUACAAUCAAUGACAUACAUAGAAAUAUUAAUUUUGAUGUCUCAAAACCAAAAUUUAAAACCAAUAUCAAUAAAGAGUCACGCCUACGGUGUAAUAGUUUGGCUGUCGAAGGCUGUGGUCACAGAAACCACGUUCUGUUUUAUUUGUGAAAUAUUGUACAGAAGAAUUGUAUCCGCUCAGAUAGUCGUCAUCUCCUAUAUGAAUUAUUAUACAUGCCGUAAAUCACGUAGAUUGUUAAAGAACAUACGUCGUUUGAAUCGCAUCAAGUUCUCUAAGAUGAGUAUCUGUGGUAUAUUUGUCGUUGACGCAGCGUUGCCGCUCCGCCUGGCUGCCCUCGUCACUGAUUACACGGUCAUCUUACUUCAGUUUGCCUUCUUGAGGAAUUAG